AUGGCUUCCCAUGCCUUGUCACAAAUGCUGGACGAGCUUAUGGGUCGUGAUCGAAAUCUGGCUCCGACAGAAAAGAAAAGUGAACUACACUGGCAAGAUUCGGAGGUUUGCAAGUUUUUCCUGGUGGAUUUUUGUCCGCAUGAAUUGUUCGUGAACACAAGAGCAGAUUUAGGGCCUUGUGAGAAGAUCCACGAUGAAAUCUUUAAAAAAGAAUAUAAAACUUCAAGCAGGGUGAAAACAAUGGGCUAUGAGGAGGAAUUUGAGCGCUACUUGGAGGGACUGAUAGCCGAUGUUGAGAGGCGUAUUCGUCGGGGUCAUCAACGCUUAGCUCUUAACAAUGCCCAGGGCAAUCUAAAUGGACAAAUGAACAGAGACAAAGAAGAAAAAAUACAGAUGUUGACAGAAAGAAUAAAUGACCUUGUACAACAGGCAGAAGAACUGGGCUGUGAAGGGAAAGUAGAGGAGGCUCAGGGUGUGAUGAAACUUUGUGACCAGCUCCGGGAGGAAAGGAAACAGAGCGAGUCGAAUAAGCUUGCAACCCAAUCCAAUGAACCAGAAAAGACAAUGGAGGUUUGCUCGGUGUGUGGUGCUUUGUUAGUGGUAGGUGAUGUACAACAGAGGAUUGAUGAACACCUUAUGGGCAAACAGCAUGCUGGAUACGCUCGCAUUAGGGCCUACGUAGAAGGAAAGAAAAUGAAAAGAGUCACUGAGGAAGAAGAAAGAGAAGCUAGAUUUCAAAAGGAGAGGGAAGAGCGUGAGAAAGAAAGGGAAAAGGAAAGAGAAGAACGUCGCAAACGUGAAAAAGAAAGGGAAGAAAAGGAAAAGGAACGAGAAAAAGAGAGGGAAAGGGAGAGAGAAGAGAGACGAAAGAAACGCUCUAGAAGCCGUGACAGAGACAGGCACAGGCGUUCGCGAAGCAGAAGCAGGCACAGACGAAGAUCAAGGAGUCGAUCUAGGGACCAUCACAGGUCCUCUCGCCACCGUCGCUCCAGAUCAAGGUCACGCUCUAGACGGUCAAGGAGUCGAGACAGACGUUCACGGGACAAGGAUUAUCGUCGUCGGUCUCGCAGUAAGGAACGAUCUCGGGAUAAAGACCGCAGUUCCAGGGAACGGUCAAGGAGAAGCAGAGAUAGAAAGGACAGAGACAAGGGAAAGGCAAAAUCACACUCCAGAGACAGAGAUAGCCCUGACACACAGGAGAAAUCCAAAGACGACCAUAGCAAAGACGAGCAAAAUAACAAAACAGAGGAAUUCAAAGAUUGAUUUAGAGGUGACACAAAAUUUGCUGUCAGUUUUCAACAAAUCAGGUGAGUUUACUAGUGUCCAGUGGUGACGAGGUUAAAGUUGACCAGAACUGACCAAUGGUUGAGAUUGAAAAUAGGUAAUAACAGGCAUGGCAGGUAAGUGCAGGAACUGAUGCCAAAAUGCCAACAUGGCUGUUUUAGAGAAUCAGAGGGGGAAAAGCAGACAUGUUUGUCAGAAACAAGAGAAAAAAAGAAUUGAAAAAAAAAUAUAAAAUAAAAUCAAGCUGUUUAUUAAGCAAUUAGAAAAUGGUGUGAUUGGUUUUUGCUUUUUAUUGCAAAAUGAAGCUGUGUUCAGUAAUCUGCUUUACUCUCUGGUCCCAAGGAAAAAAGAAAUUAAUUAAUUUUAGGAAAAAGGAAAAAAAAAGAUCAUUUCAUUCUGCCUAGCAGAAAGUCGGUUUAAAAGAUGAUAGUCAAUUUGGGUUGGAUUAAUUAGAAUGUGUAGACCAGUAUUUAUCAUUGGUGAUAAAACUUUGAAUGAUUUGUAUUCAAUUUUCCACCUUUUAUAUCUGAAACCAAUCCAAGGCUUGCGGUGACCAAGCUAUUUGCUGACAUCCUAACAGAGAGUAAAAUCAAUUCCGUCAUGUACUUGUUGCUAAACCCAACACAAGGUGAGUGAGAAAAAAGUUAACAUUUCCAUGCAUAUUUUGUAAAAUUUUAUAAUUUUUUUUUUUCAAUUCAAUGUUAUUUCAAAGGCUACAGUAAUAAGUCACAGAGAAUUUUCUCUCUAUAAAGUUUAUAUUUAAUCAUAUUUUUUUUUUAUCUUUUUCCCUUUUUUUCCCCCCUUUUUUUCAAUUUAAAAAGUAGACUUUUACUGUUGUACAUUGUCAGUAUUUCUAAAAUGAAAGUCAUUUACCUUGAUGAUGUCCAUCUCCAUAGAGACAGGUAAGGUGUAUAAAGUAUUCGAGUCGCAUCCCUUGAUGAUGCAGUUAUAUGACAGGUAACUCAUUGUAUUCUUUGCUCAAAACCAAAGAAGGUCGAUGGAUGAUACCACAGGUAACUGCUGUGCAUUGAUUUGGGAAGAAAAUAACCAAUCAAAUGAAUAUAAUAAAUACAGAUGUGAAAGAAUAGACUCGGUGGCUUUUGUGAAUUUCAUUUCUUUUAAGGAACAUUAAAAAUUUCUGAAAGUGCAAUUUUCACCUUGAUAUCAGUGAUAUUAUCACAAGGCAAACAGUUUUGUGUUGCUUUAAAAUGGUUCCAAUACUAUGGACGUUAGAUUCUUUUCAACAAAGUAGACCCAUCAGAGUUCUUCAUGGAAAAAUACAAAAGAGAAAAGAUCUCUGAUCACAGAGGUCAAGGUUAGAAGUGGAAUUCAAAUUCUACUUUGGUUAGUGACAACAAAUCUGUACUAUCAAACAGAGAUAAGAGCUACAUAAAUUUGAUGUACAAAGAUGAUAUCUAUUCAGGAUAAAGGUUAGUUCUACAUUCAAAUUUGAAGGCAAUCUACUUGUUUGAACUGGGAACUAGAAUCAGCCGUUGUUGCAAGAGAGUUUUACCAAUGAAAAAUUUUAAUCUGCACUGGGGAGUGCAAGGCCCUAUUAACCGUCUUUAAGGUAUUGCUCAAAGAAGAUGUUUGAAACCUUGGCUUUGUGAUGUUCCAAAGCUCUACCCUCAUGAAGAGGGUAUUGAUAUAUUUGUUCAUUGAUUAUAAAACCUGCUGAAUUCAAGAUGUUUAAUUGAAUACCAGUACUGUUGUCCAAUGUGGGCAAGUGACAUACAGUUCUAUGAGAAUGACACUACAAUUGCUUCAUACAAUGUUGGCUGGAAAUCACUUGAAAUUAGUGGUAUAGUGCUGCUUUAUUUCUGUUUUUACUGAGCAAUCGACAUUUACCAAUAUAUUGGAGAUGGAACUAUUCCUAAAUAUCAUUAUCAUAGAAGAUUUAGUUCGUUCGGGAAACUGGAAAUGGAAUAUUGAGGUUAGUGAAAGUUCUAGUAAGCCUACCAAUGGUUUGAGCCGAUCCUGUGUUGACUCAAGGUUAGUGGAAGCAAUUUCAUAUGUUCCAAACAACUUGUGCGAUGGGCAGCAGGCGACGCGUUUCCCAGAUUCUACAGCUAUGUCAAGUAAGAGUAGUGGUGAGAAAGUUGGGCCUGGCUGGAAAUGGCCAAAACUGGCACCGUGCAUGUACCAUUUGACAUCUUACAAAAAACCACUCUUAAACGACAUGUGCACAAUACUUCUGAUUUCAGUGGCCUUCAAUUACAAUAGCAAAACUACUGUGGAGCAGGAAAAGCAUUUAAAAGAAACAGGAUGUUGAAUGAAAACUACUCCCCUCAUGCUCAUCUGUGUAAUGUAUCAGGUAUGACUUCCGAAUACUCGCUGGUUCCCUCUCUUGUGUAUACUGUACUGUUAUGGUGGGGAUGUGUUACGUGUUUGGGGUUUUAAUUUUCAGGUACAGCUUGAGAUACAAGUUGAUUAUAUGCACACUGAAAUGAGACCAUUGUUGUUGUCUGUUAUAUCCAUUUAUUGCAGAGUAUCCGGUAUAAUUUUGAGAUAUGGCAGUGGUAGAUGUGAAUUCUCAGUGUAAUGAUGUAUGCUGCUUUGUUCUGUGACAUGCAUCUCGUUUCUAAUGAAAGAUUUCUGCCACAAUUUUGCACAAGAAACAUGUACCAGAUCUUUCACCAUGUAAAUACCUGAAUUAGUGUCACAGCAGAGGUAUUUGAAAUGGCAUUAAUACAAAAUGCUUUUGAAAAAAAAAAUUAUAGAAGAAAUAAUGAAAUAUUGUGUGGAUUAAGAUAAAGGGAAAAGGAAAAAGGUUCAUAUGAUAGUAGAAUUUUUUUUAAUACAUGCACAAUUGUAAAUGGAAAUGUUCUAAAUCUGUUUAUUCUAAAUUUAUCUUCUGGUAAAAUCCAUAAAAUUUAUGUUAUGCCAAGGAGGUGUAAGGGGGAUGGAUAGGUUUUUUGCUUCUUUAAAUUAGAUGCACAUUAAUGUGUUUUGGUCAGUUGCUAGGUAGAUAUUGUAUUAGGUAGGUGCACGCUUAUAAAGAAAUUAAAAAAAUCUAAAUCAAUAUUGCCUCAGUUCGUCUUGUUUAGUCAAGUAUACAACCCGUUAUAUGUAUCAUAGGAAUUUUUAUUGUAGUGUGUUGUGAAAAUGAUUCCAUAAGUGGUAUUGUUGGUCUUAAAGUUGCAUUGUUGGUCAGAAGUAGAAAGAAUCACAGGAUUUGUAAUGUCAAAAUGAAAAAUAAAAUUGCAACAGUCAUCAAUAAUUACGUAAGCAAAAACAAACCAGAAAUGGAAGAAUCUGGGUAGAAGUAUGGUCGUGAUUCAAACAGUCUGAUAACCAACACAUAAUUUCAUCUGAAAAUUAUAAAUUUUUGUGGAGGAAUGACUCCUUACAGGUAAUUUACUCAGUGAUAAAUGUAAGGUUGUUAAAUAGAGGAGCCAGAGAAAUGUUGUCCUGUCUGGUAAAAUAAACUUUGGUUAAGCUUUCAAAGGUGAUAUAUGAUGUGUCUGUGAUUGCCUUAGUUAUAGAUGUGAAUUAGUGCAGAAGAUAUGUCACAUAAGUCAAGAAUGCACAGUAUUUGAGAAAAAUGUUUAUAUGUGCUGCACUUGUUGGUACAGAUACUUUUUUUGUGGGAGAAAAUGUGGAGGAAAGAUAAAGAUAUGCCAUAUUUUCAGGUAAAAGAAAAGGGGAGGGGGGAGUUUAAUAAGGACAAAAGUUCAUGGAGCUAUGAAAAGGUAUCAAGGCAUGUGACAUGACUUUUGGACUGUUGGUAGAAAACAUUGUUAAAGAUUGUGUCCAGUAGUGUCUUAAAAAUAUAUAUCUAUGAUGUAUGCUAAUUUUCUUUUUUCCCUCUUUUGCAUUUUUCAGAUGCAGUCAUUAGCUGUAAUAUCCAAUAUGAAGAGACAAGACAAACCACAAAUUCCAAGUCAAAGAUUCAUGGGGGGAAAAUACCACUAUACAGAUGCUCUGCUCUCCACCAAAGGAGAGGAUUUUCAUUGGUGUUUACUAUAUAUGUAUUUGUUCCUAUUUCGAGGUAUGUCUGUGUCAUUGAAAAUCCUUUAUGGACAUACUAAACAAAAACAAAAUGCAAUUUUGUUGAACUGUUAUAGAUAAAUUCUUUGUAUAUACAUUUGUUACUCGAUAUCAUUUUGUCAUUCACUGUUCAUAAGAAACUUGUUCUGAAGUGUUGUUAACAUUUCCAAAAUUUUCUUCAUACAGACAUUUCCUAGUGUUUGCAGGAUCUAAGAACCUGUUCAUGUUAACAGAUAAAAAUAAAACCAAGUUUCCAUGCUA